GCCACAAAUACGUUUACAUGUGAUACACACACUUCCGGGAGCAGAGUAUCGUGAUAAAUAUUUACUACAGUGUCACGGUCAACAUCUGAGAACGGAAGAAUCCACAACUCAGAUAGAGGCGAGGGAGUGAUUGACGAGAGAUUUGUUUAGCCUCCUGUCUGCAUUAGUGUUGCAGCUUAAGAUGGCAGAUGGUCACAGCACGAUCAAUGGCGCGACCGUGUGGGAUCGCUUCAAUGGAACUGAACCCCUCAUCGACGGUGAGGUACCUGACAUCUGGAUUCAAGACCUAACGGAGGAGUUGGACGAGGAAGUGCUGCAGCACUUGCAAGAGCACUUCCUGCGCGAUGCCGUGCUCUCCCGCGCGACCCGCCUGCUCGAGCACCCGGACGCAGUUCAAGAGGCUCUCGCCAUAUGGCGUUACAUGCUGAGCCAACGAGUCUCGCUGGUGGCGCUGACCCUCGGCGAAGACGGGAAGCCUGUGAUCGUCGGCUGCAACAUUCUCAGCAUCAAGAGGCGGUUAGAUGGGCCUAUUCAGGUGCGCAGCGCGCCGCUGCGCGUCAUCCUGGAGGCGACGCGCAGCGUGGAGGCGCGCGCGGACGUGUUCGCGCGGUUCGGCGUGGACGCGUGCCUCAACGCGCUGGGGCUGUCGGUGGCGCCGCGCUUCCGCGGCCGCGGCGUGGGGCUGCGCCUGCUGCGCGCGCGCAGGCCGCUCUGCCGCGCCCUCGGCCUGCGCCUCACCGCCACCGUCUUCACCGGCGCCGCCGCGCAGAAGCAGGCGCUGCGCGCGGGUUUCGAGCCGCUCGCGCAGAUCCGCUACGCAGAAAUAACGUUCACAUUACAGGAAGUGGCUAUGGUGGAUGAAGUACGUUGCAGUGACGAGGAAUAG